ACAGACACACAAACACACACACACAGACAGAGACAGAUACUGUGGGACACUUUGCACUGCCAGCUUUGUCUCUCUCUCUCCUCCUCCUCUCUCCUCUCCCCCCCUCCUCUCCUCUCCUCUCCCCUCCUCUCGCCUCUCUCCACUCUCUUCUCUUCUCUCCUCUCUCCUUCCUCUCUCCUCUCCCCCUCUCUCUCUCCUCUCCUCCCUCUUCUCUCUCCUCUCCCUCUCUCUUCUCUCUCUCUCCUUUCCCUCUCUCUCUCCUCUCCCCUCUCCUCUUUCCUCUCCUCUCUCCUCUCUCUUCUCUUCUCUCCUACCUCUCUCCUCUCCUCUCCCUCUCUUCUCUCUCCUCUCUCUCUCUCUCUCUCUCUCUCUCUCUCCCCUCCCUCUCUCUCUGUGCAGAUCCUCUUGUUUUUAGGUAUGUAUCUACACUUGUCUCCUCUGAUUCAGUCUGGGCUGGCUGGCAGUAUGAUGCAUCUCGGGGUUCGCUGGCUGGAGUGGCUCAUGAUUCUGCAGCUGUCCACACUGCCUGGGCUGAGCGAGGGGCGCCCCCUGCUGGUCUGGACGAGGCACGACCGCUCCGUCUCGCCCCACUGCGCAGAACACGACAGGAACAGCAACGCGGUGUCUCUGGUGCAGGCCAGGAUCCGGGGCCUGCAGCAACAGAUCAAAACAACGUGGGGUUCAGGGCUCCUGUCAAGACUGCCCUCCCAGCCCAACGUAACAGCACUGUGGGACAGGAACAGAGUCUCAGUGUCUCACAGAUUCUCAGUUCUGCUCCAGUAUCUCAGUCACACAGCCUGGCUGAUGGGACUCUCGGAGGCAAGGAAACUGAAAGACAUUUUUGGAGAGAGAGAGUCUGAGGUGAGAGGGAUCACAGCGGACCUGAAGAACCUGGAGGCGCGAUACAGAGUCCUGGACAGCAUGCUGGUACUGCACUUGAAGACCGAUCCAGUCCAGGUGAAGUUUCCGGGCUCGGUUUCCCAUAACGAAGUUUUCCAUUCCUGGAGCAGCACCCUAGCAGACUUGGAGAGGCUGACGGGACAAAUCGGACAGGACUUCGAGGAGCUGAGACCUCCGGAGUGUCGGGAGGAGAGAUAGAACACACGCUGUGCAGUAUUUGAACCCGUGUUUCCUUUUCCUCAAACCUCUGUCCCAGUAAAGGGAAGUGUGUCAUUGUAAGAGCGUUUUAGCUCUGUCGCUGUGAAAUAAAUAAAUAAAUAAAUUAUCACUUUUUCG